AGUGACUUCUACACUCAGGGAAGGUCCAGCACAGAAACCCCAGCCAGAGGCCAUCAGCCCUGCGAUACCUCCAACCCCGACCGCUUCACUCCAGUGUUUGGAGACACUGGUGCGAAAGAGCCCCUCAGCGCUGCUGCUCCUGGUUCUUCUGCUGCAACUUUACUUGAGUGCUCUGCUACCCUUCUUGUGAUAUGUUGGACAUGGGGGAGAGGAAAGAAGUGAAAAUGCUCUCCAAAUCAUCCUUCAGUAUCAACAGCCUGGUGCCAGAAGCGGUCCAAAAUGACAACCACCCUACGCCUCAUCAUCAUCAUCAUCAUCACCACCACCACCACCAGCAGCAGUUACCACAGCAAACGCAUCAUAUUCAGUCCCACCACAGACCGGUUCAGGAAGAGGACGACCUGGACAAAAGCCUCCUGGAGGUAAAAACGGAGAGCCUACCACCUGGUAAAGUGGAUCCAGCCUCCUCCGAUCUACCGGGGGGAGAAGAAAAAGAAAAGACCGAGGAAAAAAAGGCGGAUGGCGGUGGCAAAGAUGGUGAGAACGGCAAAGAAGGGGAAAAGAAAAACGGGAAAUACGAGAAGCCCCCUUUCUCCUACAAUGCCCUGAUCAUGAUGGCCAUCCGCCAGAGUCCAGAGAAGCGCCUGACCCUUAAUGGUAUCUACGAGUUUAUCAUGAAGAACUUCCCUUAUUACAGAGAGAACAAGCAGGGCUGGCAGAACUCCAUUCGGCACAACCUCAGCCUUAACAAGUGCUUUGUCAAGGUGCCUCGGCACUAUGAUGAUCCAGGCAAAGGGAACUACUGGAUGUUGGACCCUAGCAGCGAUGAUGUCUUCAUUGGUGGGACAACCGGGAAACUCCGCAGGAGAUCUACAACCUCUAGGGCUAAACUUGCAUUUAAAAGAGGGGCAAGGCUCACCUCCACCGGACUGACUUUUAUGGAUAGAGCUGGCUCUUUGUACUGGCCUAUGUCACCUUUCCUGUCAUUGCAUCACCCAAGGGCCAGCAGCACUUUGAGUUACAACGGGACGACAUCAGGCUACCCAAGCCACCCCAUGCCCUACAGUUCAGUGUUGACUCAAAACUCUUUGGGGAACAACCACUCCUUUUCUACGUCCAAUGGCCUGAGCGUAGAUAGACUAGUGAAUGGAGAGAUACCCUACGCCACUCAUCACCUCACAGCAGCUGCCCUCGCUGCCUCUGUGCCAUGUGGUUUACCGGUUCCUUGCUCCGGUACUUACUCUUUAAACCCUUGCUCUGUGAACCUACUAGCUGGACAAACGGGUUACUUUUUUCCCCAUGUACCCCACCCCUCCAUAACUUCACAAAGCAGCACUUCUAUGACAGCCAGAGCAGCCUCCUCCUCCACCUCACCCCAAGCUCCUUCCACUCUGCCCUGUGAGUCCCUCAGACCGUCUUUGCCAAGUUUUACUACAGGACUUUCAGGAGGACUAUCUGAUUAUUUUACACAUCAAAACCAGGGCUCUUCAUCCAACUCUUUGAUACAUUAGCAUCCAGGGGAGCAGACUGUAAGUGAACAUUUUACACACAUUUCAAUUGUACAUGAGAACUGAGAGGAAAAAAAGCAAGCGAAAAAAUGUCAAGUCCAGGUAUUUUUUAUGAAGUCCCCACCCCGUCCCCUUAUUUUGUGUACGUUUGUUCAGUCUCUAGGAAUCUUUAUUAUUGAGGUGAGGCUGUGGUGUAAAAAGAGGAAGAAAUGCAGGAUUUGUUUGUUUUUUCAUAUGACCUAUGCUAGAAUGUCUAACUAAAAUCAAAAUAAUGACUACUUUGCCGCUGUCAUACUUAGUACAUCUUGAUUAUGAAAGGCAAUCAGAAUUCCAUGUCUGCAGUAUUAUAGGUUUUCAUGGAUACUGAUUCUAUCUUUGAAACAAAUAGAAAAAAAAAGGCACACAAUACUAAAAUAAUAUACUCACAUUUUUAUUGGACCAUUAUUACAAAAAAAAUAAAAACUAAAAUAUUCCUGCACAGAAUAUAUCAUUUCUCCAAUUGUCUAUACAUAAUUUCACUAUAAAAGCAGCUGGGUUUUUUGUUCGUUUACGUUUAGACCAAAGAUUGGGUUACAGAACAUGCAGUCAGUGUACUGAUUAAUUAAAAAAAAAAUAAUUAAAAAAAUAAAUAAAUACAAAAGUAAAAAUAAUAGCUAUCAGCCUGCAGCAAUCUCUAUCUGCAAAGGAGUUUGAGGGGGGAUACAUGAGUACUGCCUUCAGUUCGUGUUGUGUAUAUUUUGAUGUAUGUGCUCACUAACCGGUCGGUCACUUUUUUUUUUAUUAUUAUUUUAUUUUUUUAUGUAGUGAAACGUUAAACCGAUUGUAUUUCUAGGUAAUCCUUGCAAAAUAUGUAUAACCCGUGUUGAGUAAAAAUGCAUAAAUUUGAGUGAUUGUUAUCGUUGUCUUAAAAAUUUCUUGAUUGUGAUAAUGUGGUCAUAUGCCCGUGUUUGUCACUUAUACAAAUGUUUACUAUGAAGACACAGAAAUAAAAAAAAUAGGCCAAAUUCAUAUAGAAAA